AUUCGGAAAACUAUCUUGUCGUAACAUAAAACAACAAGUUGCAAUUUAACAAAACUACUAAAAUAUAGUCAUGUCUAUUGAUUGUUUGGUUGGUGCCUCCUAAUCCUGACGUUUGAUUUACCUAACCUAGCAAAUCCACGUGUGUGUGUUUACUGAUUUAAAUUUACCGAAAUCUGAAAUGCCUAAAGGCAGCAAAAUAUUUUUGCCCUGUCGGAGCUUAGGGUACGUCAGCAACCACAUCCCGCUUCAGGUCCGCUACAUAAAAAGUCGCAAAGAAAAUCUAAUAGUGACAUGUGUGGGGAAAUCGUUUCACACGUACGGAAUAACACACUUUGGCCUGUUAAGUGUCGGUGGUUUGCACCCCGAAGACAUAACUGCGAUGACCGCUGAUGCCUUUCAUGUGUACACAGCGUGCAAUAAUGAGAUUUAUGCCUGGAGAAGAGGCACUGAGUUGAAACAUGUCUAUAGAGGACACAAGAAACCGGUUCAUUUGAUGAUGCCUUUUGGGGCACAUUUGAUUUCAAUUGAUGAGGCCAGUAGUGUUAAACUGUGGGAUAUUAAGGAUGAGAGUGUUUUUCUUGAACUCACGUUUAGUAACAAGACAUUCCAUAUCACCACAAUCUGCCACCCCAGCACUUAUAUUAAUAAGAUUUUGUUGGGUAGUGAACAGGGAGAGAUGCAGUUAUGGAAUGUCAAUAAUUUGAAAAUGAUUUAUUCCUUCAAGGGGUGGAACAGCCCCAUUACUUGCUUGGAACAAGCGCCUGCAAUUGAUGUGGUUGCUGUUGGUUUGGCUUGCGGUAAAAUCAAAUUACACAAUUUAAAAUUCGACGAGACCAUAAUGGAAUUUAUGCAAGAUUGGGGCGUCGUCACUUCGAUAUCAUUUAGGACCGAUGGUAGUCCCAUAAUGGCAACAGGAAGUGUAAUAGGCCAUAUAGUAUUUUGGGAUUUGGAAGAAAGACGCGUCGCGAGCCAACUACUUUCUGCCCACGACGGCAGCGUUACAGGAAUGAUUUGUCUCCCGAGUGAACCUUUAAUCCUAACUUCGUCUCCAGACAAUACUUUAAAAUUAUGGAUCUUUGACAGGUCAGACGGUGGUGCCAGACUUUUAAGAAUAAGAGAAGGCCAUUCAGCACCGCCGUCUCACCUUAGAUUUCACGGUGCUAACGGACACAACAUUUUAAGUUGCGCUGGAGAUUCAACACUGAGAAUAUUUAAUACGCAAACUGAGCAAUUCAAUAAAAGUCUAGGAAAAGCGUCGUACAACAGAAAAGCGUCAAAGAAGCGCGGGAGAACCGCCGAAGACCCGCUAAUUAUGCCACCAAUCACACAAUUUACUUCCGAAAUUACAAGGGAGAAAGAAUGGGAUAAUAUCGCAGCGGUACAUUUGGGGAUACCCAUGGUUACCACAUGGUCUUACGAUAAGGUGAAGAUGGGCGAAUUGAAAUUGCUUCCUGAACGGUUUCACAAGAAAAAACUCGUUUCUAGUGGGUUUCACGACGUUGCUGCGACGUGUUUGUGUCUAACACAUUGUGGAAACUUUGUUCUUGUUGGGUACAGCACAGGACAUAUUGAUAGGUUUAACAUGCAGUCAGGUAUUUGGCGCGACAGUUACGGCGCCCCCAAAGCCCACGAUGCAUCGGUUAGAGGAGUAACAACCGAUCCUUUAAAUCAGAUGACAAUAAGUGGAAGCAGUGAUUGUAAAAUCAAAUUUUGGAAGUUUAAAAAUAAAGGAGCCAAUCCAUUGACGGUCUUAACACUGGACGAGCCAAUCAGUUUUUUUCGGUCGCAUUCAGAAAGCUCAAUGUUGGCCGUUGCCCUCGAAGACUUUGACGUUUACGUAGUAGAUAUCGACACGAGACGAAUCGUGCGAAAAUUUGUGGGGCACACGGCACAAAUAACCGACGCAACAUUUAGCCCUGACUCUCGCUGGUUGGUGACUUCAUCAAUGGAUUGUUCCAUACGUACGUGGGACAUACCUUCGUGUCAUUUAGUGGACGAGUUCAGUACAGAGGUGGCCUGCGUUUCAUUGGACAUUUCGCCGACCGGGGAAGUCCUGGCUACAGCACAUGUCGAUUACUUGGGGAUUUUUCUGUGGACAAAUCGAACUUUAUACUCAAAAGUAUCACUGAAGGCUUUAACACCAAGCGUUCAACCGCCACUGGUCGCUUUCCCUGAAUGUCUCACAGAGCACCACGAAGAGAAAAGCGAGGUGGAAGAAUCCGACGAUCUGGAAUUCAUAUCGCCCGAACAAAUUAGCAACGACUUGGUUACCUUGUCAGGCUUUGCUGCCUCAAGGUGGCAGAAUUUGUUGAAUUUGGAUGUGAUCAAGAAGAGGAAUAAACCCAAAUCCCCGCCUAAGGCACCUAAAGCCGCACCGUUUUUCCUACCGACUGUUUCAUCUUUAACUUUCCAAUUCGAUUUGUCAAAACCCGAAUCUGAGAGUAGUAAAAUAUUGACGCCAAGCACUUUAUUGAAUCUAACCGAAUUUGGGAAAUUAUUGGAUAAAACGAGACAAGACGACGAUUUUAGCCACGUUAUUGAGAAGCUAAAGUCGUUUGGUCCGUCUAUGAUUGACUUUGAAAUAAAGUCUUUGGCCCCUGAAGGUGGAGGCUCAGUUGAAGUGAUGCUACAGUUUCUGAAGAGUGUCGAAUUUAUGUUGAAAUCGAACAAAGACUUUGAGUUAGCGGAGGCCUACCUUGGCGUCUUUCUAAAAUCACACGGGACAGUGGUUGCAGCCGAGGAGACUUUGAGGAAUUAUUUAACCAAUAUCCAGAGUUGUCACAAUGUUGUAUGGAAUAGGUUGCAAGAUAAAUUGUUGUACAAUAUUUGUGUUGUUCAAAACUUAAAAAUGAUGUAAAUAAAACGAAAAUUUUUAA